AUGACGAACACAAGUAAGAUUCAAAGUUACUGUAGUAAUGAUGGUGCUAUUCUUGGAUGUUCUUAUUGGAAUCCAUCUAUAUUUCCUUUAAAUUCACAUCGAUAUUUAAUUGCUGUACGUGAAUCUACUCGACAAAACUGUGGCGAUAUGAUUGGCACAUUAAUUACUUUAGCUCGAUUGUUCUUUAAACCAGCUAUUAGUAAUGUCGUCAUUGGUUCAUUUAAUCCUAGUGAAUUGAUAAUAAAAUCGAAGAAACAAGUUAUAGUUCUCGUACAUCAGCAACUUCCAGAUUCGUUUGAUUACAAUCCUAAUGCAUAUCAUCGUGGUCACGAAGAUCCUAGAUGGAUUACUGAUGGAAAUAGACUCUAUUUACUUACAUCAUCUGAAAGACAUUCGAGACCACGGUUGUUUUUGACUAGAGUGAUUUUACUUCAACAUCAGAUUGAUAAUAAUAUGGAUGGUGAUUUGAUUAAAUUUGAUGAGACAAUCGAAUUGUGGACACUUUUUGACGCACCAUAUGCCCAAAAGAAUUGGAUGCAUAUACCUGUAUCUGUGAAUGAUAAACCAAAAAAGCAUCCUCAUUGGUUAUUAUUUGUCUAUCAAAUAUCUCCUGCAUUACAACUUGUAUGGGUGGAUCCAGAAACAGGUAGUACCGUAUUAUACGACAGUUCGCUGCACACAAUACCAUCAAUGGACAACAUGCGUGGAUCAUCUAUGUUCAUUUCCGAGACCAACAACACCUAUCUCGGACUUGUUCACACAUCACAACCGCAUCCAGCAUCUCGUGGCGGUCUUGUAUUGAAUAUCUAUCAUUCCUAUUUAAUCAGAUUAACCAGAGAACCAAUAUCAAACACAACAUCAUGGAAAUGGACUAUCACUCAUAAAACACCGCCCUUAGCGAUGCCGAUAGCAAGAAAUGAACGUGCUCAUCGAAUUCAAUUUGUAACGACAAUAACUCCACACGAUUCAGAAUUUUGGAUAUCGAUGGGUGAUAUGGAUUGUGAUUCUCAUAUUCUUCGAAUACCAAAACAAUCUCUCCUGAAUUUAUUACAUUGA